AUGAUGUCUUAUGAUGGGCUCUGGUGGCGUAAAUACAGAAAGCGGAUUUAUAAACCAAAUGCAAGAAACAUGAGCUUCGAAAUGGUUUUGAGGAGAAUAACUAAGGAAACUCUGAAGGAGUACACUACACAUUGUUCUAUAAACGGUGUUUCGAGCUUAUUUGAUCCCAAAAUAAGUUUUAAGGAAAGGCUGGUCCGUAUAGCUGUGUUCAGUGUCAUGUUUGGAAGCAUUUUCUAUUUCCUCCAGUACCUCUGGUUUGCCAAUCUUGCUAAGCCCUUAAUCGUUACUAUGGAUUCAUCGACCUACCCUAUAUCUAAUAUAGAGUUUCCUGCGGUUACCAUUUGCAAUAUUAACAGGAUCAGCAAGAAGGCACUUAAAAACUAUGUGCACAAAAAUUACAGAGAGCUAGCACGUCACAACGAAUCCUUCGAUGAAGUGGAGUGGUUCUGCAAACAACUAGGUCGACUGUUGGACUUCUCAUACAAUAAGUCUGUGACCAUGCACCCGCUUUUGUUCUCUUUCGACAAACAUCUCGGUGACAGUCGUAACAUCGUUAAGCUAAUGAGAGAGCUUUCCCCUCCUUGUGAGGAAUUGUUAAUAAAAUGUGCGUGGUCCGGCGACAUUGUUGAUUGCAAGAAAAUAUUCUUCGUACAUCGCACAGUACGUGGUCAUUGCUGCACUUUCAACCUCGUACUUAGUACUGAUCCAGCCAACAGGUAUUCAGUCUAUACUGUAAAGAGACAACAUGACCCAGGCUAUUUCCAUGGUCUCAGCGUCGUACUAGAUACAAUGGUUGACGACUAUGCUUACACGCUAUACAACAUGUUUGGGUUUGAAGUGAUGAUAUUAGACGCCACUCAUUUCGCAGAUCCCACGGGGGGUCGUGUCAUACAACGUAUAGCUCAACCAGAUCAAGCAGUGCUUUUCGAACUGCACUCUAUCAAGCAGAUUGCCACUAAGGAAGUCAGAAAUUAUCCUGUGACAACGGUCAUAAACAUUACGAUUUACAAAAACCCUUUAUAUAUAGAUGUACAAAACACCAAUGGCAAACAACUGAUCCACCUGAUGACAAAGUGUCUGUUUCACGAUGAAAGGAAGGACGAUUUUAAAGAUUUAUACUCAUACAGCUCUUGUAUUGUAAAAUGUCGUAUUAGAGCUAUACAAUCUCUUUGUAAAUGUACUCCUUAUUUCUAUCCAACAUCCAGUUAUCAUUAUCCCAUUUGUACAUUGGAUGAUCUCAGAUGCUUAAAUAAAUAUAGAGAAAAGCUGCUAUACUUGUAUCCAAAAGACGCAGUCACCACUGAAGGUCUUGAAGCAGAAAUCCAGGACGCCCUCUACUGCGACGAGUGUCUGCCCGACUGUGAACUGACGCAGCACUUCACGAGGCACUCCAAGAUACCGCUCUCAAUAGUAGCUAAUCAACAUAAGGAGUUUGGUACUUUUUUCUUCGAGGGUUUAAAUAUGACGAGUAAGACUUUACUUUGCAUUUAUCAAGCGACCACUGACGGUGUUUUGAAUCGCUUAGACAUAAUUUUAUAUUGGUUCGAAAUCGUUAGCAACGUCGGUGGUUUUUGCGGCAUACUAGUAGGGUUCUCUAUAAUCAGCGUACUUGAAUUCGUGUAUUUCCUUGUCAUACGAUUUUCUUGUAAUUUGUAUCAAUUUUACAAAAAUAAAUUUUAGUCGAUUAAAAUUAUCAUUAGUAU